GUAAUUUGUACGUCUUACUGCUCUUCUUCAUUUCUCCGUUGCUGUUCGAUCGUGAGGUAGGGUUUUGGACGAGUCGCUAACAGUUUUCUUCGCCUCCUUCGAUGACAAGCUUCCAGUUCGCCGUUCUUGCUGUUGGAUCGGAAGUAGCGACGGGUGCUCGCUCGCCGUGAAUGUAACUAUCUUUCUCCCUUUCGCGCGCAUCUUCUUUACGGUAAAAAGAGGGAAAAGGAGGAUUUAUUCCGCCGUGAGAUCUACCGGCUGCUCAAAUCCUGUUGCCAAACGCCCCUUAAUCUUUGGGCGGCAGCAGGGGGAAAAGCCACUGUACUUUCGUUCCUCCGAUGGUGGAGCAUGCAAAGACAUCCAAAUGUCGACGAUAUCAUCCUUACCCUCAAUGGAAUUGCCAACAAAAUCUACCUCCAUUUUCCCAAUAACCAUAAGCACCCCAAACACUCUCAAUAUUACCUUCUCCGUUCGCAGUAACCAAAACGCCCAAUCUAUCUCGAUCUCCUAUACCCGUCGACGAUUCCCCAAUGUUCGAAAGCCUACAUCCUCCUCCCUCCCCGACUCUUUCUCUCCCUUCGUCCCGAAAAUUCGAUCCCUCAAAUCUCGCCUUGCUGCCGGCGAAACCCUCUACGGCCUCUUCCUCCUCAGCUCCUCCCCUACCCUCGCCGAAAUAGCUGGAUUGGCUGGAUAUGACUACGUUGUGGUCGAUAUGGAGCACGGCCCUGGAGGCAUAUCCGAUGCCCUCCCAUGUCUCCGAGCCCUUGCCAGCACCGGCACUGCCGCAGUCCUCCGUCUUCCUGAAACCUCCGCCAGCUGGGCCAAAAAAGCCCUCGAUCUCGGACCACAGGGGCUCAUGUUCCCGAUGAUCGAAGAUGCCACAGCCGCCGAGCUCGCCAUCUCCUUCUGCCGCUUUCCCCCACGCGGCGUCCGCGGCUCUGCUCAUACGGUCAUUCGGGCCUCUGCUUACGGAAUCGACGACAGUUACCUCACUUGUUGUGAGGAGGAUCUUCUGAUUAUGUGCCAGAUUGAGAGUGUGACGGCGGCAUCCAAUAUCGUGGCGAUCGCGGCUGUGGACGGUGUGGAUUGUUUGCAGAUGGGACCGUUGGAUCUGAGCGCGAGCAUGGGCUAUUUGUGUGAUCCGGGAAACCGGAAGGUGAGGGCGAUGCUACGGGAGGUGGAGAGGACAGUGUUAGCGCUGAGAAAGGCGGGUAAGGAGAUGGCUUCGACACCAUAUCUCUCGGGUUUUGCAAUGCCGUUUGAUCCGCCGGGCGACAUGAAGAUGAGGGGAUAUCAUAUGGUGGCUGGGGCAGUGGAUGUUGGAAUGUUUAGGAAAGCAGCGGUCGAGGAUGUGAUGAGAUUCCGGCUAACGGAGGCGGAGAUUGGACAGGAGGAUGGUGAUGAUGAUGAGGAGCGUUUGUCUUGAUUUUAAAAAUGCAGAAAAGAGGAUAACAAGCUUCCUAGCACCAACCUCUGCUUAUGUUGAUGGUCUACCUUGUUCUGGCUGUACAAGAAAUGGAUAAUAAUAGAGGUGGCGGUAAGGAUGGUAAGGGUAAGUUGAUGGAGCUAUUUGUGAUGUUGAUGAUGGGUAGUAUGGAUAGAAUGAAGAUGUGUAUGUCUGCUCUGGAGAGAGAAAUCGAGGACUCGUAAACUUAGGAGGGAAGUAUCUAGCAUGGGGUGGUACACUAACCACAGCUGGAUAUGUCUGUCCUUAACCCUGCUUAGUGAGGAACUAAUGCUGACUCCUAGGUGUUGGUGAUGAUAUCAAUGGUGAAACACUCUGGCCCUGUCCUUCAUCACCCUACUUAGACCCAGUUGGUUUAGUGCUCAACUUUUUUCUAUGACCAAACAUUCAAGUAAUAGAUCUAUGAGGAAGAUCGUGACCUUAGACCAUCUCUAGUAAAAGACACAAUUAGUAGACCGCUGUAACAUAUAAAAAUGAAGUUCUAACAUAUAUGAAGAUUUGCAUGAUUAUAAAUAAAAAAAAAAAACAUAAUGUAGACUGUUAAGUUAUAAUAAAUAUGAUGAAUUACAAAUAUAGAGUUACAGAAUGUAUAAAUGAUUUGCAUAAUAAAAUGAAUUACAUAAUGUCUAAAUUAUUUACAUAUAAGCAGGAUUUACAUAAUUAUAAAUGAUUUUAUUACAGACAAUUACCAAUAACAUCAAUUUUAAAAAUUACUUGAGCUACAUUGUAAUUGAUUUUUUUACCAAGUUGUGUUUCAAAAACUACAUUAUGAUAAAUAAAUAAAAAUACAUUAAAAAUUA